UAAAAACUACUAAUUCCCAAUAAAAAAAAUUUGUGAAUUUCCUUUUUAAAACGUUUGCAAUUUUAGUGUUGAAUUAGCUGUGAAUACAAUAAAUAGCUUUCCCCAAGAAUUAGAAAUAAAAAUUCGUGUAUUUAAAACCGAAAACAAGAAGUAGAGCUUUAAAAAAAUAAAUAAAAACAUUUUUACAAAUUAGGCAUAUUUAUUUGAUUGGCUAUUAACUAAAUAAAGAAAUAAUGAAGCAAUUGCUUUAAAAAGAUAACUUCUUAGUUUCAUUAUAAAUCAUACUAGUGUCAACACGAGUGUUGGAUAUAAGGCUUAUUAUGUCGUAUUAUGCUUAUAGUAAAGAGCUGCUUUUAACGGAAUGCAUACAGGAGAGAAUGAUACAAAUCACAACCAAAAAGCAUACAACCACGAUGACGAUGAAAAGGAAGAACAACAGAUUAUUGAUAUGGCGUUGAUAGAAAUGAAUAAUGGUAAUUAUGAUAAAGCCAUCUCACUUCUGGAUAAGGCUAAACAGCUGUACGCUAGUUCGAGAGCAGAGGAGUUACAGGAAUUAAUAAUAAAAUUGCAAACAAAUGCAUUCCAAGGUAGCGAAACAAAGGCAACAAACAGCACAAAACCAACAUCAUCGGUACGUCAACGUAAACAUUCUAAUACAGAUGCAAAAAAUCCAUCAGAAGAAUACAAAUCACAAUCGGACUUUACCAGUGAACAAUUAAAUUUGGUAAAGAAAAUAAAUCAGUGCAAAAAUUAUUAUCAAGUUUUGUCGGUAUCUCGUGAGGCUACAGAUAGCGAAAUUAAAAAAGCUUACAAGAAGUUGGCAUUACACCUACAUCCCGAUAAAAAUCAUGCUCCCGGUGCCGUUGAAGCUUUCAAAACCCUGGGUAAUGCUAUGGCUGUAUUGACAGAUGCCAAAAAACGCAAAGAAUAUGAUUUAUCUGGUGGCGAUUACAUAACACCAAAUGGCAACUCAUCAAAUUUCUAUAAGAGCACUUCAUCUUAUCAACAGUAUUACAGUCACAGUCAUCAACAUCAUCAUCAUCACAGCUCUUCGGAAGGUUCGUUUAGUGGCGGUGAAGAGUUUACAGCAGAGGAGUUGUUUCAUAUGUUUUUCGGCAACUAUCCUUCAUCUCAGACCCACUAUCGUCGUCGGCCAUAUCAGUCGGCUAAUCAACGACAACCCCAAGAGCAGGGUCAACAGCCAAGUUUGGCAUUCGGUUUACUACUUGUAAUGAUACUGAUGUCAAUGUUUAUGUCUCUAUUCUCAACGGAUCCAUUAUAUAGUUUAUCACAUUCUAGCAAAUAUAAUGUGCGUCGUCAAACACAACAUUUAUCUGUUCCUUAUUAUGUGAAAGAGAAUUUUGAUAGUGAUUAUCAAGGUUCAUUGGCGCGAUUGGAAAAUUCAGUUGAAGAGGAUUAUGUCUACACUAUGAAACAACAUUGUUUUCGUGAACGCAGUUAUCGUGAAGCAAUGAUGGCACGUGCUCGCAGUUUUGGUAGUCGCGCACAGUUUGCUCAGGCUCAAGGUUUAAAAAUGCCAUCCUGUGAUAAUCUAUCGAAAAUUGGCAUUACACGUUAUUCUUUGUAUUAAAAUACAAUGUAGUAAUUAUCUAUUCAAUAUGUUAUGUAUACAUAUUAAACCAUAUAAGCGAUUUAAAUCGACGCAAUAUUCUUAUAUUUUAAAUGUUUAUUUAAAUAAAUAAAUCUUAUAAAAUUAUUAAAAUAUCUCAAAAAAGAACUAACUACUUGAUACAUGUUACAGUAUCAUGUUACAGUAUUAUGUUUUAGAAAUGAAUUAAUAAAUAAAAAUUACUAUGAAU